UUGUCUCUAUGGUGAUUUCUUGCAUGGCUUCCGCAUAACAACUGUUUAGCUGUCAGUAAUACACAUAAGGACAUUUAAAGGAAAAAGGGAAAAUGGCAGUCGUUGGACAGAAUCCAUUUCACUGUACAGCAGCGGGAGAACUUGGAGCUCACCGCGAAACAAUGUUAAACAACGAAUUGCUCCUCAGAACUGAAUUAGGGAAACCAAAGAGACGAGGAUAUGGUACUUUAGGGGAGGAUUUUAUUUUUGGUCGCCCAAAUGAAGCCAGACACGGUGGUGCAGAUGAUGCCUUGCAUGGUUGGCCAAGGAACCUUUCCACAACUACAUUACCAUUUGCAAGAAAGGACAAAAAAGCAGAAAGAGAUUUUAUGGCUCUCAAUAAAGCUGCAGUGCAAAAUGGACUAGUCACAGCUGGGGAAAAUUAUGAAUUUAGAGCAACUCAUGAUGUCCGCCGAAAAACAGCCGGGUCAGAAAACACAAGGCUGAGGACAAGAAGAAUACCACCAACAAUGGUGUUCGGAAUAUCUACAAGGCCAUCUACUCCAAUUUUUGAUUUAUUAGAGCACAAAUACCAGGAUAAAUGGUUACAGCAAAGAAGGCAACAGGAAUUGGCAAAAAGGAAAGAAGAAACACAGAAUCCAAUAAUGCCUGAACCCAGACUAUCACAAUCAGCGGGGCCAUACCCAGUUCAAAAAAGAAACCCUAGUAAAGUUUAUGAGACGAGAGCCUCACUCCUGCGAACGUAUCAGAAUCCAGUCGAGCCCGCCCCUCUCUGGCAAAUGUCCAAGUUUAAGAAUGCUGCCCGUCCUUCAUUGGAAACAUUCCGUUCUCCAAAAGCCAGGGAACUAGCAUACAAUAAUUUCGAGUCAGAUCAAAUCUCCAGGAAAGGGAAACUCGGACACGGUGUCUAUGAAUCUGCAGUUAAUUAAGUUCACUUCUAGACUCUUCAACUUUCAUUUUAAUCAUCAGAUUCUUGAAACUGCGAUCUUGAAGUUGACCAGUUUGUUAAUAAAGUAUUAAUCUGUCUGCUUGCCAGUAGAAAAAUUGCAUGCGUUAGGUUUGAUAUAAAUUUUGAUUUGUACAAAACAUAAUUUUUGAUAGACAAUUUCCUUUGAUAUACUUUCGAGUUUUAUAACCUUUUGUUUUAAAAUUGCAUGCGUAAAUUUUAAUCAUGAGUAAUAUUGACCGUUUGCUAACUGACGUAAUUUAAGUGCAAGUCGGUCACAUAAGACUUAAGAUUUAAGUUUUAUUUUUUUUUUAAAAUACGUUAUUUUAAUGCAUCCUGUUUGCCCCUUGUCAUCGUGUGCUUAAUCUGUCUAUGGUGUGUCUGUGAUAUUAAAAUAUCGAGUUUUUCCAUCAAAAAAUUAUUAUGUUAUUCCAAUGAUUUGUGCAGCAAUAUAUCACCCUUGAUGAAAAAAACCCAAUCAUGCACCAAAUCUCAGUUUCUUUACAGUAUAUCAUGACAUACGUGAUAUUAUAAAAAUUAUAAAGCUUUUGUUUUAUCAUUGGAUAAAAAGUCUGUGUAUUUACACUAUCAUUCAAACAUGAAAAACUCCACAAUGUUGUGUUUGUAUUUAUGAAUAAAACCGAUGAGGAAAAUAUCAA